AUUGUUGUCGCUUGCAGUCUUUGUCCGCAUGUAGUAGAUCUCGCUGACGCAAGGUAUAAAGAGUAACAGGCAGCCUCCAUGACCAGUUGACGGUGAUCGAGCGUCCUGUGCAGAUUUGUGAAAAUAAAAUGAGAGCCGCAACAUUGAUUGUUUUUGCCGUGAUGCUGGUAGCGGUGUCCUGCCGGCCAGACAAACCGGACCUGAAGCAACUGAAGGCGGAGGGUGCGCGCAAGAAGGCCUGCAUGCACGACUGCACCUCUGUCAAACUUGACCCCAUCUGUGCGGGCAAAACUGGAGAGAAGCCCAAGUCCUUUGGCAGCGAAUGCGUCAUGAAUAACUACAACUGCGAGCAUAAAGAAACACUCCAAAAGUUAAGCAAAGGCGAGUGUACGGGAUCCGACGGAAUACGUCUUUCCUAAGCUAAACCUCACAAGAGAACAAGCAAGGAUUUGGUAUCUUUUCUCUAUUUUUCAACAUACCUACUCAAAUGUAUUUAAAAAAAUUUAAGGCUUUAUUGAUCAACAUCGCAUAUUAAGCUUAUUUAAAGUUUCUGUAAGUUUUUAUAUGUACAAUAUAUUUUGUCUGAAA